GAGGAGAGACACGAUGAUGUCAACACGGCAGUGAUCUAUUCGGUCUGGCACACGCAAGGCCUUUUUUUUAACCCAUCGAUUCCUCGAUAUUAAUAGUAGCGGUCCGGGGGGAUUGUGGAAGUAAUGUUGAGCUUGAUCUCGGAGGUGGUCGUGCUGUCGGCUCUGUCUUUUAAGGCGCAUUGCAGCUUUGCUCAAGGACUCUAGUGAUCAUCUGCAGCAUCCGGAGGAGUCCAGAUCCUACUGGCUGUUUGACCAGAGAUCAAGAGACAUGGAGAGUCUGAGCCACAUCUCUGCUUGUCUACAUUUGUGAGCUGGGUUUGAGUCAGGAGGACCAUGCUCAGCUCAGAGCGAAGUGUGGUUGAGGAAUGGCUCUCGGAGUUCAAGACGUUACCUGACGAGCAGAUCCACCGCUAUUCUGGCAGUCUGCGUCUGAAGAAAGCUCUGGUUCCUGCUCUCUAUGCUGUUAUUCAGGAGCAGCCCAGCAGUGAGCUGCUGGCUCCAGUGUGUCAUCAGUUGUUUGAGUUGUACCGGAGCUCAGAGGAGGGUUUGCGGCGUUUCACACUGCAGUUCCUGCCUGAACUCAUCUGGGUGUACUUGAGUCAUUCAGCCAGCAGAGAGCGAUACCGCAAUGGCUGUGUGGAGGCCUUGCUUUUGGGGAUCUAUAACCUGGAAAUUGUGGACAGUAAAGGAUAUGGCAAGCUGCUGUCAUUCACCAUCCCUUCUCUUUCCAAGCCUUCAAUAUACCAUGAGCCAUCCAGCCUGGGGUCCAUGGCGCUGACCGAAGGAGCGCUGAACCAGCAUGACCUCAUCCGAGUGGUGUACAGUGGUCUGCUGUCACAGCGAGAGACUUUCACCUCACAGAACAGGUUUGAGGUGCUGUCAUUUCUAAUGCUCUGCUACAACUCAGCCGUGGUCUUCAUGCCUGCGUCGUCCCACCAAUCGGCUUGCAGAAUGAGCACACGGCUGUGUGUGAGCGGAUACCCACGACAGCAGAUGAAGUCCUGGAAGGAGCCUUGUAACCGUGUGCGAUUGGAGCCAGAGUUUAUGGUGCAGAUGCUGAGUGCCGUUUACUAUGCCAUUUAUAAUGGCCAGUGGGAUCUGGGGAGAGAAGCUUUGGAUGACAUCCUCUACCGAGCACAGCUAGACCUCCAUGCCCAACCAUUACUGGUGGCAAAUGCAAUUAGCCGCUCUCUUCCAUCCCGUCCUCCAGAGGGCUCACGGAAUCUUCUGGAGGUGGAAGUAACGCCUGCUGGGAGAUGCGUCUCUCAGGCUGCUGUCACUGCCGCCUCCAUCCGCCGCCUCCGCUGGAAACGAGAAGAUUGUUUUGAUUUCUCAACCACGGCUGAAUUCUACGCCUCCGUCACCCCCAGCCGAUACACUCCUCCCACGGAGCGAGCUGACAAUCCUGUGCCAUGCGGGCGGAUAAAGUGCACCAUUCAGCUAACCUUGCAAGGGGAUGCAGACGGCGUGAGCUGUGGCGAGGACUCUUUUGACCCAGAUGAAGGCUUUUCCUCUGGGGCUUCCAGCAGCAGUCAGCCUAGCAGUGUGAAACGUGACUGGAUCAUCACUGGCGUUCGACCUUCCAGAGAGCCAGGAGCCAGACACAGGGAGAGCACGUCCGCGGACACCCGAGCUGCCCUGAGAAGCCUCCACCAACGCCACCAGUCCCCUCCUCCAGCCGUCAGCCUCCGGACUGCAGAAUGCAGCCGCAGUCCCAGUCCCAGCGCUCCCAGACGCUUUCUAGACCCACAUUACAUCCCUCCGUUCGCUGGUGCACCUCCCAAAGCCAGCAGCACAUCUUCUAGCAAGUCUCUUGACUGUACCGGCCUCAACGGCUCAUCAGGACCCACAGAUAGCCUAUCGCUGGGAAGCCUCAGUGCGGACAGGGCUCACUAUCUGUCCGCCAUCAGCCUGCAGGAGGAGCGUCUGGGCCGAUCGGAACGCAGCCAGGAUCUCCUUUCCCCAGGGAGUCCGUUCUCCUCUGGAAGCCCAUUGUCCAAACAGUCCAGAUCACCCAGUUUUAAUAUGCAGAUUAUAUCACAGGUGUAGAGUGAUUUUACUGGGCUGUGUGUAUGGCAAGCUGCUUUACCGUUAAUUCCUUUAACAUGCUAUUGGUACUUAUGUUUUGCUACUGGUAUCUUUUCCAUUAGGUAGAAGUGAUUAUUCUUUAUUGAUACUAGUACUAGAAACACAUUGGUUCUAAUAGUGUUGUCUCAAUAC